AAGCACUCAUGAUGUUGAUUGUGGUUUUUGUGGACAUGGCUAAAAACAAACAAAUUUUUCUGGUUCUUGUCGUUUAAUACUUCUAAAAUUCACCAUCAAGAAGUUGGGGGGAUGAAUCAGAGUUCCUUGAGAACAAAGUUAGAACUCUCAAAAGAGAAAAAAAAAAUGUGAGAGCACAUAGGAAAUAUGAUGCAAGUAGAGUAAUGGCUGCUAUAUUCCUAGUAAGGGAUUUGCAGGUGGGAGUAAGUGAUAUCAAGUCAUGGACGGAAAAAUGGAGACAUCUUUGCCAAGACUCACAUGCUUACUGUUGUAAGAGAGCACUCGAGUGCUCCUCCACUUACCACACAGUGCAGUUUUAGUUAGAAAAAGGCAAAAAUUAAAGGCUAUCAAACCUCCCCUAUUCUCUAUCCCCUUUUUCCCCCCUCACUUCUCUCUUUCCUCUCCUUUAAAUUUAAGUUUGCACGAGCUAGGGUGAGGCAGGCCAAAAAGAAGAAAUGGAGAGUUCCGAUGAGUUUUCUAGAAAAACUAAGGAUGUUUCCCUUCAAGAACUUAGGGAUAGGCUUGCAGAGUUUGCUAGAGUAAGGGGAUGGGAGCAAUAUCACAGUCCUAGAAAUCUCCUUCUAGCUCUAGUGGGAGAGGUUGGAGAGCUCUCUGAGAUAUUCCAGUGGAAGGGAGAAGUCGCAAGAGGACUGCCCAAUUGGACCGCAGCCGAUAAGACGCAUUUAGAAGAGGAGCUGUCUGAUGUUUUACUCUAUCUAGUUCAACUUGCUGAUGUUUGUGGACUCGAUCUUGGCCAAGCAGCUCUAUCAAAGAUAAUCAAGAAUGCUCAGAAAUACCCGGUUGUUAAUCAGACAAUUUCAACCACCUUCAACUAGGAAAUGGAUCACCUCCCCACAUCCAUACCUAUCUUUUAACUCUUUGUCCUUUUCUUCCCAUAUGGAACUUUGCGAAACAUAGAGCUUUUGUCUUGUUAUCCAUGUGAGGCAUAAUAACUAAGAAAGUGCGGAGAAUCUGUUCUCCUCUUUUUUAUCUAUCUAGAGCUGCUUUUAAAAAAGGCGUGGCAUCCAUGCUUGUACCACUGAUAGGAACUCGCGAUGUUCUAUGCCAUAAGAUACGUAUAUGGAACUAUUUAAGCCGGCUAAUGAUGUGGAUCUUACUGUA